GUUGUAUGCUCUUCAUCUUGUACUCGUUCUAAGAUGACCAAAGGGAGGAACAAAAUGGCUAUCAAUAUCGUUGUACGGAAAAUUGCGCUGGACGGACAACUCAGCCUGCUUCGAACGUAAAGGCUCUUGCUAGCCGCACAGAUCCACGAAUGGCUCUGGUCAACACGAUCGGUUCCCAAGUGGCAGCCGGGUCAUCUCUUCAAAAUGCAGUCGUUAGACUCGCACAGUAUCGUGCGAACACACCACGAGAUACAGCGGGUCUGUGUGAGUGCAGUGGUGGUAAUGGGCAUUGCACCGGUUGUGCUGCUCUUCCUGUCUAUCAGAUAAAGGAGCGAGUCCCCGGGCAAGAGGGAGCGGAAGGAAGGAGGGGUGAUGUUCCAACCAAUCCAUUGUUUUCGGGCACCGACGGACGGCCUGGUGAAGCCAAUAUUAUAGUUACAUCGAAGGCCGGUAAGAAAAGGAGUUAUCGAUCCCGUUUUCAGCUUGAGCUCGUUGACUUCGAUGUUGAGGAUGAAAAUGAGGACGGGAUUUUUGAACCUGGAGAGCAUAUUUUCAUUCGUCGCAUCCGCGUCAAGAACACAGGAGGAAUGCCUUCUCCCAAGAAAGAAACAAGGUUGGAAAUCGAUCCUUCUGAGUGUCUCCAACCAAUCAACACCCACGAAAGCCAAGCUUUCGUACCCCAAGUGCUUCCUGGUCAAAUAAUUACUCUCACGGGAUCUAUCAAAGUCCUGAUUCGAGAACCUGACAUGCCAAUCCUUGGAGGAGAGCCCUACAGGGAAUCUACACUCAUUAAGUUGAAAGCAAUAAUGCCGGGACUCAAUCGUCGUUUGGAUUAUUUCGGCUACCAAAAGAGCAUCGAUAUCGAGUACCCCUUGGAACUUCAGGAGAUUGACUAUCUGGACUCGGUGGCUCAAGGAUCGGAGCACAGGAUAACGAUGAAGGUCCACAACAAGAGCAAUAAGCCAUUCGGAGGUGAAGCUGAAUCUCCUCGGCUCCUCCAAGUAAAAAUAUGGAUUCCCUCCGAGACCGGCUCUUUGCUUCUAUCGAAUGACAAAUGGGGACCCAAAACGGCCAUAAACCCUGGGGCCAUAGAAGGCAACGCCAGCGUGAAGUUAACGCAAGUAUCAAAGAUAUCCCACCUUGCAAAAGAUCACACCUACGCAGAAAUUCGUAUUGGACUUCAUAUAACUCCCCCAGGUCACGUACCUUCAAAUAGGAAGAAGACUCCAAAUAGGGAUGCUGUGCAAACUUUUGAUUUGAGGAUCCAAGUUUCAUCUGCUCAUGUUUACAAUGACGAGGCAGCAGUCCUAGUCGUCACAAACGCACGAACUCCAUCGGACCAAUUUGAGGCUAUUGGGAACUUCAUUCGCAACGAUCUUAAUCUGAAAAUGGAUGUCUGGAAUGUUAGUCUCUACGGGGGAUUGGUUCGACAACCCCAAGACAACGAGGAAGACGAAGAGAUUCCGAACGAGAUUCUGAAUGAAUAUCGUGGCAAGACGAUCAUUUUCCUCGGCAAUCAAUUCGAGCACUUCGGCGUAAAGGCGCAGACCAUUCUCGACCUCUGUGAAAGCCGGGUCAUUGCAAACGAAUGCUUUGCAGGCACAUCGUGUCUCUUACUCGGUCCUACUGCUGAGAAGCAACAACGUGAUACAUGGUUGAAAGAUGCCGUCUUUCCCAUCACUCACAGAGUUUCUGGGCUCGAGAGAAUGGUUGCGGAAUCUUCGACCUUUGACAAUACCGCCACAUUCAUCACCUCAAUCUGUGAGCAGAAGACCGCUGGUACUUCAGUAUCACGAGCCUACAUAUUAGAGAAUAAUCCCAAAUGGUAUCACGGUAGCGCCAGGAUAGCCGUGAAGCUUCGGGCAAAACAAACCCGAAGACAUCUCAGGUCGAAGCUUCCACAAGAAAGGUUUUGGGUCUGUCCCAUCUUACCGCGGACCGAAGGGGCCAGACCUCACAAUGGAUAUGUCGCAGUUUGGCAUGGCUUACCCUCCAGGGGCAACAUAUUCGCUGCUGAGUCGAAACCUCUGGUGAAGGAGCGUCGAAAACAAACCAGGUUACAUAAUUUCGACUCCUUCAACAUUGUUUCUGCGCUGCCCCCUUUGCUACGAAUCCAACUCCUCUGCUCUUCUGACCGAAAUCAAGAAGACAUUGAUGAAAGUCUCAAGGACAAAGAUGAAGGCACGCCUUCCGUAGACUCGGACGAUCCUGCUAGCUACUCUCAUGAGACACUAAAUGAAGUGCAAUACUCACUGGAGGAAGACGUCUGCAACGAGAUCAAGAACUAUCUCACUGAAGCACCUUUGAUAAAUAACAUCGCAAUUGGAUCCGAGACCUCUGGUGUUCAAUUCAGGGUACACUUUCCUUGCUUGGAAACCAUUAUGCGGCAAGUCCAAGCUGGUGAGGGUACCGCCGUGCGUGCUCUCGAGGUUCUCAAAACCGCCAUAGCAGCAACAAAUCCCCAGAAGAAAAGACAAGUUGCGAGAGAAUUCACAAUUCCCUUCGGUCAACGACGAGCACAGUUGAAGUCGUAUCUCAUGAAGCGAGUCGAAACGCUUCUCCGAGACAAAGGAUAUGGGCCAGAUCGCUUGAAGGCAUUCCGCGCAUCUAUCAUGCACUCUCGGCUCAGCAGUGCUCAACGCAAUACUGCGAGGAGAAUUGAAGCACGGAAUGUUGAAUUUACGGGAGUCUACACUGAAGAGUAUCGGAAAGGUCGGAAGACUACCCAGGACCUUGUUCCAAAGACUGUGAUCUGUACUGCGGCUGAAUGGGAUGCUCGCUAUCAAGAAAUUGAGAAGGCGCAACACAAAUUAAAGAGGAGCCUUACAAGAGCUUUUGAGAAGAGGGCUAGAAUGAGCACGCUGAAAUUUGAUUCUUCUAAGUUGGCAGGAAGUUCUAAGACAGAGCUUGUGAAUAAGGCUGGGCCUUCUAGCUCAUCGAAAAGAUGAGCAAAUGGACUUUUUUUCGUUUGCAGUUGGCACCACCAUACCCAACACGAGUACGGAUUCAUUUGUAAUCAGAAUGUCCAAAAAGAUUGCAUGAAGAAUGACUCCGAUCCAAAAUCGAAGAUCCGACACUCCCACCAGUCAGUCAGUUUGCGCUCCACUGCUGCUUUACAAGAACCCCGCGAAAGUCUGCCCAGGCAACCAAGGCGAAUGCGCCACUACGCCCG